GGUUUAUUAAUAUGUCUGAUGACUGGAACCACAAGAGCAAUUAUCGGUGUUGAUGAAUGCCAAGCAACUCCAGUCAUUCACUUUUUACAAUAUCCAGGAUGUAUUCCUAAACCAAUUCCUAGUUAUGCAUGUAGAGGUCGUUGUAGCAGCUACCUACAGGUGUCUGGAUCAAAAAUUUGGCAAAUGGAGAGGAGCUGCAUGUGUUGUCAAGAAAGCGGUGAGAGGGAGGCCAGUGUAUCCUUAUUUUGUCCAAGAGCCAAACCAGGCGAAAAAAAAUUCCGAAAGGUAAUUACCAAAGCGCCCUUAGAAUGUAUGUGUAGACCAUGCACCAGCGUGGAAGAAUAUGCAAUUAUUCCUCAAGAAAUCGCUGGAUUUGCUGACGAAGGUCCUUUUACAACUUCUGCACAUUUUAGAAGAUCCUCUGAUUUACAAUAAUUAUAUCGUCUUCAUGUUACAUAUAUUAGAU